UCUGCUGAUAAAUAUGUUUCAGAAAGCAUGAAGUGCCUACCGGUGGGGUGCCACGCCUACAGCCAGGGCGCUGCUGGCACCGCCUUCACUCAGCUGGUGACGCACUUCCUCGCCUCUCAGUGCCUCAUCACUGAGCAGUGGCCCACCGACUACUCUUAUGGAUUGUCCAGUGGAGACACGUUUGACUUCAUUAUCGUCGGCGCCGGUACGGCUGGUUCCUUACUGGCGAAUAGACUGUCUGAAGUUGAGGAGUGGAAGAUUCUGCUGAUCGAAGCUGGCGGAGAUCCUCCCAUGGAAAGCAUUAUUCCUAACUACGCAACCGCAACACACAGAACUCGAAACGCUUAUCAAUAUUACACGGAACAAGAAGAUAAUAUCCAUAGAGGAGGUCUCGACAGGCGCGCGUACUGGCCGCGCGGCAAAGGUCUCGGAGGUACUAGCUCUAUCAACGGUCAUCUUCAUAUGCGAGGCAGUGCAGGCGACUACGCUCCUUGGCACAUGUCAGAGGACGAUGGUUGGGACUGGCCGACUUUGAGAGAAUACUUCAAAAAGAGUGAGAAAAUGGUAGACCCUUUCAUUCUUAACAACCCAGAACUUAGAAAAGAACAUGGAACAGAAGGUGAGUUUGUUGUGGAUCAACUGAACUUUACGCACGGAGACAUCGCUGAGAGACUGACUGACGCUUACAAAGAAUUGGGAUUGACAUACUUGGAUGACUUGAAUGGUCCCACGCAAUUGGGUGUCGGAAAACUUAGAGGUGCAAUUCAUAAAGGAAGGCGAGUCAGUUCUGCUACAGCAUUCUUGAAUACCGCUAGGGAACGUAAAAACUUAAAAGUUAUGAAAUAUUCUUUUGUUAAAAAAUUGGAAAUUGAUGCGAAGAACAAGACUGUAAAGGGCGUCACACUUUCCCUUUUGUACGGUGAUGUAGAAACAUACUUUGCAAGGAAAGAGGUUAUAGUGAGCGCUGGAGCAAUAAAUACUCCUAAACUGCUAAUGAUGUCUGGUAUCGGACCUAAAGCACAUCUUAAAGAAAUGGACAUUAGGUUAGUGACCGAUCUACCAGUCGGAAAGAAUCUCCAAGACCAUGUUCGUAUACCAAUACCGGUGACAGUAGAUACUGGAGCUGAGAGGAGAGGCGAGGAGUUUUGGCAGAAGGCUGCAGCCCAGUAUUUGAUAGACCAAACAGGACCACUCGCAACUAAUUAUGAUCAGCCUAACAUAAAUGCAUUUUUGUCCGUCACUGGUGACAAAACUCUACCCGAUGUUCAAAUAGACCACAACUACUUUUUGCCCAACACUUCAUACAUACAUUCUAUGUGCAAAGAUACAUUUUCUUUCAAUGACAGCAUCUGUAAGCAAUUCGUGGAAUUUAAUAAAGAGAAAGAAAUGUUCAUAUUCUUUGUAGCGCUCUGCCGCCCUCACUCGAGAGGCGAAAUACUGAUACGCGGCAAGAAUGCGAUGGAGCAUCCCAAGAUUUUUACGAGGUACUUAAAUGACUCACGCGACAUGGAAACCUUCGUAAAAGGUAUUAAAAAAGUAAUGGAAAUUGUAAAGACUCCAACAUUUAAAAAUAUGAAAGCUGAAAUAAAGAGGAUUUACUUUGAAGGCUGUGAUGACUUUGAGUUUGAAAGUGAUGACUACUGGGAAUGUAUGGCCAGGACUGUCACUUACCAUGUCUACCACCCCGUGGGCACUGCUAUGAUGGGCAAGUCGAGAGAAUCUGGAGCAGUAGUUGACAGUAGACUGAAGGUGUUCGGACUCAAGAACUUGAGAGUGGUGGAUGCUAGCGUGAUGCCCACGAUACCUAGCGUUAACACUAACGCUCCCACUAUGAUGAUUGCUGAAAGGGCAGCAGACUUCAUCAAGGAAGAUUAUCAAAGAGGAACAAUCGAAAAUCAAAGAGAUGAAUUGUAGUUCUUUGUCUUACGAUGUCAUUGUCUAUAAUCCCUAGUAAGUAUGUAAUAUUAAUUGUUAUGCUGUGCUAGUCAAUUCAUUAACUAAUGUGGUGUUAAUACUAUGGAUUGUUAAAUCUGUUUUAUUGCAUAAAAACAUUUGAGUAAGCAUAUAUUAUAAAUAUUGAAUAAGAAUAAAUAGUAUUUCUCAUU